AUGAGCAGCCCGAAGCGCAGAAUCGAGACGGACGUCAUGAAGAUGCUCAUGAGCGACUACGAGGUGACACUGGUCAAUGAUAACAGUAUGCAAGAGUUCUAUGUCCGCUUCAAGGGCCCUUCAGAAACUCCAUUCGAGGGCGGUCUAUGGAAGAUUCACGUAGAGCUACCUGAUCAGUAUCCCUACAAGAGCCCAAGUAUAGGCUUUGUCAACAGGAUAUUUCACCCCAACAUUGAUGAGCUAUCAGGAAGCGUUUGCCUGGAUGUCAUCAACCAGACCUGGUCACCGAUGUACGACAUGGUCAACAUCUUCGAGGUCUUUCUCCCCCAACUACUUCGAUACCCCAAUCCUACAGAUCCGUUGAAUGGUGAGGCAGCUGCUCUCAUGAUGCGGGAGCCAAAAAGCUACGAUGCCAAGGUGAAAGAGUACGUCACCAAAUAUGCUACCAAAGAGAGCGUCGACGAAGCUGGAGGCGAGUCCAAUGACAGCGACGAGAUGAGCAGUGUUGGUAGCUUCGACAGCGAUGAUGACGAUGAACCGGCAGGCACCAUGGAUGAAGUAUGA